AUGUUGAAAGACAUCGUCGAACACCCUUCCGCCGACCCCACCGCUCCCUCUAUUCCACAGCCUCCGCAACCACCCGCCCCAGGCGGUACAGGCUUCCCUGUUCCCCUCCACCGGUCACAACGCCCAUCAGCCUUUGCCCGCGCUCGAAAAGCUCAGCAAGACCGCCAGACUACAGGAAAGCAGGCUGUAGGAUUUGGCACUGCCGUGGAAAGCGUUCCAGCAGUCCAAGUGGAUAAAGUUGAGAAGGAUGUAGUGGGUGGCUUGAAUGGGCCUGGCAACGCGAGUGGAAGUGAGUGGGAGCAAGUGAGAGAACAAGUGAAUGAGGAGAACAAGAGGACUUUGGAAGCCAUGACCUCAAAGGAGAGGAGCGAAGAGGUGGAAGAGUUGAGGGAAAGGUUUGGUAGUAAGACCAUGGGGCUCAUGCAAAAGAGAGCCGACGCCCGUCAAAACAAAACUUCUCUCCCUCAGGCUAGUGCGCCGUCAUUGCCCGCUGUGCUGGAACCAGUUGCUGGCGUGGACACAAAGAGUAUCCUGCAGGAGGUAUCUGAAGAGAAUGAAAAGCGGAUAAAGGAUAUGAGUGCGGAGGAGAGGACGCAGGAGAUGGAGGAGCUGAGAGAGCGUUUAGGGGACAAUGUCUUGGAGGGACUGAGAAGGAGGGCGGAGGCGAGAUUAGGAAAGGGCAAACAGCGGGAGGCUGAGCAGGUGAUCAAAAGCAAAGUUCACACUUCGACCCCUCCAACGGCUGAAGUCGACCCCAAGCCCAAAUUCCACGAGUCUGCCAAGCUCGAAUGGCUCAAACCCAUCACUACCCCAUCCAAUGACAGCUCUACCCGAUUCGACCUGUCCGGUGCCGUGCUCUCUACCGACGCCAAGGCUUCUCUGCCCACCCAUCUGGGACUGCAUCAUCACGGUGAAUCUCCAGAUCUUGCGGGCUACACUCUGCAAGACAUCUUGUACCUGUGCCGCUCGACUGUGCCCAGUCAACGUAUCACCAUGAUGGGGGUGCUGUCAAAGAUCAUUGCAAAGCUCAACAAUAGCGAUCUCAGUCAGGAAGUCACCAAGGAGUGUGAGAAGGAAGGAAUCGUACAGCAAGCUAUCGAGAUGGGCAUCGACGUCCUGGCAGGUUUGACCCGAGGCGCAGGCGUCAUCCGCGCCAGCGUAGACCUUCUUUUUGAAGCGCUCGGUGGUCCUUCCUGGUCCUGGCCUGAUGACUCCCCAAGUUCAGACACUUAUCAGGCCUCCAUUCCCACACCUCUUUCCGCAAAUGCCGACCCCAUCGGUAUCGCAUCGAUCCCCUUUGACGACGUCCUUCCCCGUUUGUCCGAGCUGCUUUCCAUGCCUGACGCUCUCCCUCCGACAACCACGCAUCAGUUGCUGCUCAUCCUCCGGCGUGCUACCCUCCUUCCAGGGGAGAUGUGCGAGACGCUCUGCCCAAUUGUACCAGUCGUCAUCAGACAUCACGUUGUGCAACGAGCCUGGCCUCCUCGUCCCGACAACUCCCCCAGCACUGACGCCAUCCGCUUCCUCCGCUCCAUCACCGCCGGCUCCCGAGCCUGUGCCGAAGAGCUCUUGAGCGAGAGGGUGUACGAAACGAUACUCAAGUUUGUUGUGACUGCUACAUGGGGCGAAGAGAGUGGUGUUGAGGCGGAGCUGGGACAAUUGUUGGCUUUCGAGGUGCUCAGGAUUUACGGGGCUCUGGGGAGGUAUGGCUUGUCUGCUUCUGUGGUUACUUCCAGUGGGGAAGUCUGGCGCCUCUUCGGGGCUUGGGUACGCGAACGAUUAGCUACCCAAUCCUCACCUCUCGAGCAGAGCCUCAUCGAGGCAUACUUUAACCUCCUCUCCAUCUGGACCACCUGCGCCAUCGACCCGCACCGCACUACCCCUGAACACGACAUCACCUGGGCCCAAGUCUCGGCCCUCAGUUGGCAAGACGAGGUCAUCAGUGCUGCUGGCGAGUUGGUCAAGCAGACACGGUUGGGCGAAAUGGCGGCUGCUCUGAGCAUGCUGGUCAGCUGGACUGGCGGGGCAAAGGUCAACGGGGCCAGAGCCGGUGAAGAAGAGAAGCAUGAGUUGCUGGAGAGUUUGAGAAGCAUUGGGUUGAGCGAAUCAAUCGAAAAGCUGAGCAGCGGGAAUGAAGAGGAAGUCAAGGUGUGUGCAGCGGCUGUAAGGCUGCAUACACAACUCCAGCCCGUCGGUAUGCUUCUCAAUGAAGAGGUCCUCGCGACCCUUCGCCACGCAUUCAUGGUACCUACAAAGUCUCCACAGCGGUCUGUGACAUACCUGCGGCACGGUCUCCUUCGUCUGGGAAUGCAGGACAAGACGUUGUCCUCUUCCGACUGGCUGCCUAUCGCACUCGACCUUUUCUUGUCGUUCCAGAUUGGAGACGAACCUCUAGCUCUCGAGUUGGUGGACGACAUUCUCAGAUCCGACUGGUCAUCCUCUGCCGAGCCCAUUGCUCGACAGUACGCUUCCCUCGCCCAUGCGGAUCGUCUCGAGAUCCUCCGGCCUUUGCUUCAUUUCACAAUCUUGCCUGAUGUGGAGCAUGUCAUUGCUCCCCGUGAGCCUUCGCAUAUCUAUCUGAAAGCGACUGCUUCUCUUCGCGCACCACCCGCCACGGUGGAAGGAGAGAAGGGGCAAAGUAUUGUCGGCUUACCUCUGCAGGCAGACUGGCUCUUCUCGCCUCUCAACGAGCUCCUCCGCUCGGGCUCCUCUUCUGCUCUCGCUCAAGUCCCACCAGACUGGAGUGCCUCGGAAACAGAGAUCGUCCAAUCUGUACUCUUACUUGGCCAGCUCCAGUGCGCUGUCACGGGCUGGGAAGAUAGGUUAGGCAGAAGUCGGGUGGCUUUCAAUAUGAUGAAGGUCUUCAUGCUGGAGCACGGCCAGCAAGGGGCGACUACGACAAGUGAGAGUGAAGUCUUCCGUGAUGCCCAAGUCGCUUUGGGUAUGAGUAGGUUGAUGGCUCACCUUACCAACCCCAUGACAUCCUCGGGCUCUCUCAUGACUCCUAUCGAGAGCGUCUCCCUUCCCUUCCUCGGUGCGGGCGUACCAUUCUUCCAGUUCUACACCGACUUUAUCGCCCUCUACGAAGCCAUCUCUUUCUCCGACCUGCUCUUCUCCCAGCUCCUCCUUCCUCCACUGGCCAUGUCUUACCCCAUGGACUACAGAAAGCUACUUUGGAACGACCACGCUACGGCAUUAAGAGGUAUGAGGAUGAAAAUGGAUGGAGUGCCGGUGGAGGACGUGAAGGGUUUGUCGGGGUACUUUGAGCCACGAGAGACGAGCACAGAAGUACUCUCUGGGUAUGCUCGCGCUCUGUCAAGAGGUUGGGUUCUGGAAGAUAGAAACCCGUUCCUGUUUCACCUCGCCGUUCAUCACCUUGCUGCGACCUUCUGGGAGGGUACAGAGGAAGCCAAAGAUUCGACGAGGGUUGGGCUUCUGGUGGGUCUGUUGGCCACGGGUUCGGAAUCUUUGCUCAGGCGACUGCUGGAGUGGAAUCUGAGCCAGCGAGGCGAGGGAGUGGUGACAGAGGACGUCAAGCAGGAGAGGAAAGAGACGGUUACAAAGUUGACUGGGGCAAGAGGGACGCAGAGGGUCGAGGGACUUUAG